AUGCUAACUAUUUCUCUUAUUUCAUUUAUUCUAGCUGUUCCUCUUUUCGCCCAUAAAAUUACAGCUACCGUUUUUACUCGAAUUGUUGCUAUUGUUCUAUUUUAUUCAGCAAUUCUUACAUGGAAUUCACUAUAUUAUCUACCACUUAGUCAAGGUGGUGUUGGUCUAUAUAGUGGUCUAUUCCAUGUAUCUACAACUACUCUAGCUUUCCAAAUUCUUGUAUGUGUAGUUGGUGCUAUCCUACUUGCUGGUUGGGGUCCUACUACAUCUAGUCUAAAACUUGGUAAUUCUAAAGUAGGUAUUGAACGGUCUGUAAGUAUUAAUACUAAUUUUGUUCACGUGAAUACUAUUAAUGAAUAUAGUAUGAUUGUACUAUUCAGUGUACUUGGUUCUGUACUUCUUAUUUCUAGUUAUAAUUUCCUAUCUAUGUAUAUGGGUAUUGAACUUCAAAGUUUUGCUGCUUAUAUUCUAUGUUCUCUAUAUCGAAAUUCACAAUCUGCUACAUUUGCUGGUCUUAAAUAUUUCCUACUUGGUAGUCUAGCAUCUGGUAUUAUUGUACUUGGUACUGCUAUUAUUUAUGCUGGUACUGGUAUUACUGGAUUUGAUGAUCUUGCUACUCUUAUCUCUGUAGGUGACAUUUCUUCUGCUAAUACUUAUGUAACUCUAAGUAUUGCAGGUGGUCUUCUACUAAUUGGUAUUGGUUACAUUUUCAAAGUAGGUGCAGCUCCACUAUAUAAUUGGGCUCCUGAUGUAUAUGAUGGAGUUCCUACUAUCAUUACAUCUUGGGUAAGUACUAUGCCUAAGAUCGGUAUUCUAGUAUUCCUACUAAACCUUAGCUUUAUUGUAACAGGAUAUGAUCUAUCAUGGAAUACUGAAUUCCUUCAAGGAAGUGAUCUAUUUACUUCUUAUGCUAAACCAUUCCAAACACUACUACUUGUAUCAUCUGUGCUUAGUUUUAUUGUAGGAAGUAUUGUAGGUCUAUCACAAGUACGAAUUAAACGACUUCUUACAUUCUCUACAAUUAAUCACGUAGGUUUCCUACUACUAGCUCUUGCUGUAAGUACUGAAGAAUCUGUAGAAGGAUUUGUAUUCUACCUAGUACAAUAUUCACUAACAAAUGUAAAUACUUUCCUAACAAUUCUUGCUUUCGGAUAUAUUACGAAAGGAAUUCUACAAAAUAAUUCUAGUGUACGAGAAUUUGUACUACUAGAUGAUCUAAAAGGUCAAUUCUACAAAAAUCCUCUACUUGUUAUUAGUUUCUCUGUUUCACUAUUCUCUAUGGCAGGUAUUCCUCCACUUAUGGGAUUCUUUGCAAAACAAAUGGUUCUUUACUCAGUAUCUUACAACUACUCAUAUGUUGCUAUUCUAGCUAUUGUAAUGAGUGUAAUUAGUGCUAGUUAUUAUCUAAAAAUUGUACAACUUAUGUUCUUCCAGAAAGAUUCUGUACCUACAACUCUAUCUUCAGAAGGUGAAACAUCUGAAACAGGAACACCUCUUAUUACAUCAAUGCAUAGUUCUGUUAUUGCUAUCCUUACUCUUAUGAUUUCACUUUACCUAUUUGAUUCUUCUAUCCUACUAAAUGCUUGUCAUCUUCUAAGUCUAAGUCUAUUCUCUUCUUAA